AUGAUUAAGAUACUAAACACGACAACUAUAAUACGUAAAAGUCAUAGAUUCUUGCACACCCCUAGAGAUUAUAGCAUUACACCCGAACAAUUACUGUUUGGGUCUAGAUUUCGCGAAUGGGAGCAUUCAGAUUAUGGAAUAGAUAAUAACGGACUACAUAGUUCAGUUUUAAGUAGAAAUAAUGUGGGUCUAGGGUUUCUCAUACUUAACAGUGAAUAUGGUUGUAUAGAACAAAACAAACUACUAUAUCGUAGGUUGAGGGAUUUGGAGGUUAAUAUAUAUAAGAGAUAUGUUGUGUUAACCAGUAUGUCUAGGGAUACGUUUAAUUUGGGCUGGGAUUCCAUGGAACUACUUAAGUUGGCAGAAUCAUCUCAUAAAACAGGGGAUAUAGACCCAAAAUUCAAAAGUCACAUGAUCAAACUAUGCGAUUUGAUUCAUUUGAGUACUACAUACCGCAAACCGCUGAUCAUUUACGCUAACGGAGAUACAGGAGGCUAUGCAAUAUCGUUAUGGUCAUUGGCUAAUCGCGCAGCCGCCUAUAAACACUCUACACUAAUGGUCAAUAAUUUAGAUUAUGGCUGGAUUAUUGACGGCGGGCUUAGCUGUAUUUUAUCGCUGAUUAGGGGUUCAUUGGGGGAGUAUAUCGCUCUCACUGGUUGCAGGAUUAAAGGAUCCGAUCUGAUCAACAUUGGUUUGGGAAAUAGAUGGAUUUCACCAGAUGCAUUUUCAUUAAUGGAACAUACAUCUUCAACGCAACUAUCAGUGUCAGAACAGGAUGCAAAAGUAUUACUUGAGGAACAUUCAUUAUAUUAUCCGGAAAUAUCGAAAAAUUCGAUAAUUAAUUGGGAAAGUGUAAUAAACCACCAUUUUUCACUUAAAUCAGUUGAAGAAAUAGUGUGUAGUUUAAAACGUGGCACGCCAACUGAUAUAAUUGAAUCUGCAGGUAAAUCGGUGACACAAGUUUCUAAUUGGGAAAGAAAAACUAUUAGCAUUCUGGAAAGUAGACCUCCACUUGCAGCAAAGAUAUCUUUAAAGUUGUUAAGAGAUGCUAAAAGGUGUAAGGACAUGCUGAUGAAAGAAGGAGAUAUAUCUCCUUCUUUAUGGAACAAGCUAAACAACACUAGAAGAAUCUGUCCAACUACUACGAUAGAAGCUAACCAACAACUUCUAAGAGAUACUUUGGUUGAGGAAUUGUUAAUAGAAUGUCUAAACAACGAGUUGAAUGCGGCACAAGGCUAUAUAAUGUCGCUAGACAUUGUGGAAUCGAUUAGAGCUUAUAUAACUAAGAAUACAAAAAAUUACAUUGAACCAAAAUAUAAGGAUUGUGAACUUAAGUCGAUGAGCAAUUACAUAUGCUGGGAGCCAAAGGAGAGAGGGUGGUUUUCCUUAUCAUCCAUUCCUCAGCUAAAAAAGCUUAACCCAGACUAUAACAAUUCGAGCGGAUUAGAUCAUGAUCCAACAAGUGUUAAUGAUUAA